AUGGGAUGGCAUAUCAUCUUUCGUCAACGACCAAUGUCUAUUGCAUCGAUCAAACAUCGAACUUUAUUUGGAAUUACUCCACCCAAGCCAGCAUUUCCAUUUGGAUUACAAAAUAAAACACAACAAUAUAAAGAACAACGUUUAUUAGGAUAUACAGCAACAGAAAUGUUUGAUGUAGUUGUUGAUGUUCAAAGAUAUCGUGAAUUUGUUCCAUGGUGUAUUCGAUCGGAUAUAAUUAAACCAGUAUAUCCACAUAAUUUUAAAGCACAUAUGGAAAUUGGUUUUCAAGUAAUCAAAGAACAAUAUACUGCUUUAGUCACUCAUCAAAAACCAACACUUGUUAAAUCUGUUUGCACUGAUGGACGUCUAUUUAAUCAUUUAAUUACAGAAUGGCGAUUUCUACCCGGUAUUGAUAAAGAACCUCGAUCGUGUGUUCUUGAUUUCUAUGUUUCAUUUGAAUUUCGUUCGAUACUACAUGCUAAAGUAGCACAUAUGUUUUUUGAUGAAGUUGUUCGUCAAAUGGUAUCUGCUUUUCUUAAGCGUGCCGAAAAACUUUAUGGACCACCAUCAAUGCCGUCAAAACGUCUUCAAUAA